UUCACAACAUCUGGUAGGGGUGUAGCUAGCACUCGAGCGAUCUCCUCUGCAAGCAGCUUCCAACACCAUGGCCUUGGCAGCGACCUUCUCCAGAUUUGGGUACCCGUCGUGUAAACCUAAUGCCCCUGCUGGUAGGUAUUGUUGUUACCACAAGCCACCUCCAAAAGCAGCAGCAGCUGCUGGCAAUGGUGUUCUAUCGCUUAGCAGCAGCUGGAGGUGCAGGAGCACGCCUAGAGAGAUCAUGGCCGGGGCCGGACGCCGGCCAGAGAAGAAGGACGUGGCCGACGAGGAGGAAUGGCGGAGCUACCUGGCGCCGGAGAGGCUGGAGGUGCUGAGGCAGCUGGAGCCGUGGGUGGAAGAGCACGUGCUGCCGCUGCUCAAGCCGGUGGAGGCAUCGUGGCAGCCGUCCGACCUCCUGCCGGACCCCGCCGCUUUGGGCAGCGACGGCUUCCACGCGGCGUGCCUCGACCUCCGCGCGGCGGCGGCGGGGGUGCCGGACGAACUGCUCGUGUGCCUCGUGGCGAACAUGGUCACGGAGGAGGCGCUGCCUACGUACCCGAGCGGGCUGAACCGCUUCGAGGUCGUGCGGGACGCCACGGGCACCGACACCACGGCGUGGGCGCGCUGGAUCCGCGGCUGGUCGGCCGAAGAGAACCGCCAUGGCGACGUGCUCAACCGCUACAUGCACCUCUCCGGCCGCUUCGACAUGCGCGAAGUGGAGCGCACCGUGCAGCGCCUCAUCCGCGACGGGAUGACCAUCCACGCGCAUGCCAGCCCGUUCUACGGCUUCGUCUGCGUCUCCUUCCAGGAGCGUGCCACGGCCAUCGCGCACGGGAACACGGGGCGCCUCGUGGGCGCGCGCGGCGCCGGUGACGCCGCGCUAGCGCGCAUCUGCGGCACCGUCGCCGCCGACGAGAAGCGGCAUGAGGCGGCGUACUCCCGCAUCAUGGGGAAGCUCUUCGAGGUGGAACCGGACGCCGCCGUGCGCGCGAUGGCGUACAUGAUGCGGCGCCGGAUCGACAUGCCGACCGCCUUCAUCAACGAUGGCCGCCACGGCGCCGGCGACUUCUACGCUCGCAUCAUCGCCAUCGCUGAGAAGGCCGGAACGUACACGUUGUCCGACUACCGCUGCAUCCUCGAGCACCUCAUAGGGCAGUGGGGCGUGAAGGAGCUCGCCGCAGGGCUCUCCGGUGAUGGGAGGCGCGCGCGCGACUACCUGUGCGCGCUGCCGAACAGGAUCGAGAGGAUGGAAGAGAAGGCCCACGAUAGAGCGACUAAGGCACAGAAGAUGCCCACGCGCAUCCCUAUCAACUGGAUCUUCGGUAGGACCAUUAGCGUCUAAGCUUGUGCUAUUAAUGGUUUCCAUGCUGUUGUCUAGUAUUUCCUUCUUUCGUGAACUAUGCUAUCGUACUACUUU